AUAGUCCAGGUACCUCUUUAUUAUUCCUGUUUGCGUUUGUUGAUUAUACGCUUGAGGUACAUUACAUGUGAGGUGAAUAAUAUGUAUUGAAUUCGAUUGCCAACAAGCAGUUAAGAAGAUGGCAAGACGUAGGCUUUUCAGCUUAUUUUACAUCAGCUCUUUAUGGAUUUUUUUAAGUGUGAUUACUUAUAUGACUCAGAGAGAGUACCCUUACAACAAAGAACCACUUUCUUACGCAGACCUGUUUCGAUGUGAUCUUCAUCAGUGCACGGACUCUCGACACUCAAGUUCAAGUUGUUUAUCUCAAGCUCGCUUGGUUCUGACUCGACUUCUUCGACAGUUUAGUUUAGCGGCAAGUAAAACUAAUCUCAUUUACUUUUUAUAUAAGAAAAGUCUUUUAGCUGCAGCCAGAUGUAAAGGACAUGUACCCGCCGACUUUCCAAAUAUCGAAAUUGCUGUAUUUCAAAAUGAUAUUCAAAAGCUUCUGAAAGUACCGCUGCAAGUUAAUAAUACAGUUCUCGAACUUACGCCUGAAAAGAAGAAACAUCCUAACUCGAUUAUAAGAGCAAAGUUAAUCGAUACGAAAAGCUGUUUACUCAGAACUCAAGAAAAUGGACUCUUUAUGGAUAUAGCAGUCCUCAAGAAAGACACGAAAGGAAGCAUUCUAGAUUCGUAUACAUCAAAAUUACCUUGGUUACGUAAUCUAAAAGGACCACACUACUACUCCGAGAGGGACAUAUUUCCUUUAAGGACGCUAAAGUUUGACGGUUUUUCGUUCGCGGUGCCUCGUUCGUGGGAAAAGCUACUGACUUCUUGGUACGGGAAAAACUGGGGAAAAUCUAUAUCUUUGAUGGAUUAUGAAGUUAGUUACAACCCCACUGAAGCUGUUGAUCCCAUUCAUUCUUGUAAAGAAAGGACAUCGCACACUCUGAUAGAAUGUUCAUGAUUCCUACUGUAGCAUUUUUUAAACUAUUUAUUACACUACCAUGCCAUACUUUCUCCUUUGGUUCCUACUAACCAUUUUGUAACCGUACGCGGCGACUCGCAAUUUCUAUUCUUACCUACGGAUGUUUAAAUAUUUUGAUAUUGUUUUGAAUAUGACAAAAAAUUGGAAAGCAUCGCAGCGAAUUCAUUUCGUGGCUGAGUGGUUAUGUUUAGGGUAGGGUUGAGAAAGGCAUUUGUAAUAACUAUGUAGACUCUGCGAGCAGUCUAAGGACCUCCAUUUCCCUCGGUCACUGUCCGUCUGUCUGUCCAUGUCGAUUGGCCGAGGAAGAUUGGUUAAGAGUAAAAGUCCCCUGGGGGAGUCGCAGACUACAUUUGGUGCCAAGGGUGCCGGGUUCGAAUCAUGCCUGCCAUUGAAUUUUUUUUUCUAAGUGAGGAAAACCAAAGUCCCACACUAUUUGAAUAUCCGUACGAAUAGAAAUUGUCGGCGUACGGUUACCGUACGAAAGGUUUGUUGCAUCUUGCAUCUUGCAUCUUGCUUGUUGCUUAGGCCCUGGCUAAACGAGGAAACAUGUUUCCAGAAACAUGUUUUCUUAAAUGUUUCCAAAGGUGCCAAAACCGUCAGGGAACAUCGGGAAACAUGAUUGCUCAACAUCGGUUAGCGUAUGCGCACUUUCAAGAUAGAGCUGGCGUUGCUAAGUAACCGCGCACUUUUAGGAUGUUGGCUUUCGUGGCUAAACGAGGAAAACAUUGUUUCCAUGCGUCUUGGAAGCAAAAUUUGUUGCACGUAGCAAUGUUUCGCAUGUGCCCAAAAUUGAAACAUCGGGAACAUGCGCGCGGGAAAAAUGUUUCUGGAAACUCGUUUCCUCGUUUAGCCAGGGCCUUACUAAGCUUGAAAUCAGUGUGUUAUAUUCAUGUCAUCACACUAGAAGAAAAUAUACCGGAAAAGUGUGCAGACAGAUUUUGGAAAUAUUUCAUAUCUUUGUGCUGAUGGUGCAAUUUCGGGCUUGGUAUGCUACAUGUACUUGCAACAUCAUAGGUAGCCCAAGCAGUGAACUUGAAGCUCAAAUAAAAUUAUUUUUUUAAAAUGAAAUACGUGAAAUUGUAAAAAGAAAAAUUCCUUAAUAAAUUUAUCUUCAAGUUAUC